CUUCCGGACUGUGCGUUCCACAUGCAGGAAGUGAGUUUUCAUCGACAGCUGCAGCCUGCCAGUGUCCGUGGAGAUCAGGAACUCCAGCUGUGAGGAACGGAGUCUUUAUUACACAUCACACGUUCUGUAUUCUCUCUGAUUCACAAAGGAUGGACAAGGACAGAAGUCACAGGACUGAAAAGAUAAUAAAUAUCACCCUGGAGAUCAUCUACCUACUGACUGGGGAGGAUUACACAAUAGUGAAGAAGACAUCCAAUGAGUGUGAGAUAACCAGCAGCCAUCCCUGUGUGUCUGGAGGACUGAGUAGAACCCAGAGCCCCAUCACGGUGCCUCCACCUCACUCACUGACACAUGAAAGACACAAUGACCAGAAAAUCCUGAAACUCACCAACAAGAUCAUUCAGCUGCUGACUGGAGAGGAGGGGGAGUAUAUAGAGGAACACAGGGGUCUGUACAAGGACGUGAUGAUGGAGAAUCACCAUCCCCUCACAUCACUGGAUGGGCCCAGUAACAGAGAUACCCCAGAGAGAUGUCCCCGUCCUCUGUAUUCCCAGGAUUGUACAGAGGAGAAUCACAGGAUCCCACAGGAGGAUCAGGGUGAAGCCCAAAUAAAUAAUGUUAAAGUCAAAGAUACAGAGGGAGAAGAAGAGACGUAUGUGACUGAUAUACAGGCAGAAGAUAUAGAGGGAGAAGAAGAGACGUAUGUGACUGAUAUGAAGGGAGAAGAUAUAGAGGGAGAAGAAGAGACGUAUGUGACUGAUAUAAAGGCAGAAGAUAUAGAGGGAGAAGAAGAGACGUAUGUGACUGAUAUGAAGGGAGAAGAUAUAGAGGGAGAAGAAGAGACGUAUGUGACUGAUAUAAAGGUAGAAGAUACAGAAGGAGAAGAAGAGACGUAUGUGAGGGGUGAUCAGCAGUGUAAGGAGGAGGAGAUCCCUACAGAUAUCAGCACAGCAGAUGGGCUCACAAGCAGGAACAUCUCAGAAGGACAUCUAAUGUUAUCCCUGGAUUCUGAAAUAACCGAUAACGACAGUAGACAGGAUUCUCCAGGAGCUAACCCCAUUACCCCAAUUAUACAUCCAGCUCUAUCAGCUGAUCCCUCUGAUCCUGAGAAAUGUUCUCCUGAUCACUCUGAUAUUGGUGCAUCUGUUACAGCUCUGACAGUAGAUACAGUAUUUCCCUGUUCUAUAUAUGCCAAAUGUUUUACACAGAACACAAAGCGUAUUACCAAUCAGCCAGCUAAGGCAGGUGAGAGUCCAUUUCCAUGUUCUGAGUGUGGGAAAUGUUUUACAUAUAAAUCAUAUCUUGUUAGACAUGAGAGAAGUCACACAGGUGAGAAGCCGUAUUCCUGUUCUGAGUGUGGGAAAUGUUUUGCACUGAAAUCACAUCUUGUUCCACAUCAGAGAAGUCACACAGGUGAGAAGCCAUUUUCCUGUUCUGAGUGUGGGAAAUGUUUUUCAUCGACAUCACAUCUUGUUAUACAUCAGAGAAGUCACACAGGUGAGAUGCCAUUUUCCUGUUCUGAGUGUGGGAAAUGUUUUGCACACAAAUCAUAUUUUGUUAUACAUCAGAGAAGUCACACAGGUGAGAUGCCAUUUUCCUGUUCUGAGUGUGGGAAAUGUUUUUCAUCGACAUCACAUCUUGUUAGACAUCAGAGGAGUCACACAGGUGAGAAGCCAUUUUCCUGUUCUGAGUGUGGGAUAUGUUUUACACAGAAAUCAGCUCUUGUUAUACAUCAGAGAAGUCACACAGGUGAGAAGCCGUAUUCCUGUUCUGAGUGUGGGAAAUGUUUUGCACACAAAUCACAUUUAGUUAUACAUCAGAGAAGUCACACAGGUGAGAAGCCAUUUUCCUGUUCUCAGUGUGGGAAAUGUUUUGCACGGAAAUCAGUUCUUGUUAAACAUCAGCGAUUUCACAGAUGAGAAGCCAUUUUCAUGCUGUGAGAGAAAUAAAUCUGCUCUUGUUGAACAUAUUAGACAUUACCCAAGUACGGAACCAUUUACAUCUUCUGGAGUAUAAUAAUCACUGCCGUCCAAUGUUCCUCAAGGGUGAAUCCGAUCUCUUAUGCUUUAUAAAAUAUACAUGCUACCACUGGGUGAUAUAAUCAGACGUCAUGGCCUGGUCUACCACUGCUAUGCAGAUGACCUGCUUUUUGCACCAUGUACUGAGAACCUAAUACCAAUCCUAAAUGGUUGUCUAGCUGAGCGCCAUGGGUGGAUGAUGCCAGUUGGCUGUGACUCAGUCUUUGUGAAACAUAAUAGAAGCUCACCAACAAAGGACAAGACUACAGCUUUACCAACCAUCUGGAUUUUUGCUUUGGUGUUCAGAAUUGCAAAAUACUAAACGUGCUGAAUCUUUGUGUUGUCCUGGUAUGUGGCUGACACAGACAUCAGGUAUCUGCCACAUACUAAUCCUAAUUAUUCCAUCUGUGGACCAUAGCCAGAAUCAAGCACUUGAUUCCCUCAGAAGUUCAUAGACUACUGCAAUGCCAUCUACCUGGGUCACCCAGCAAAAGAAUUACAGAGCUUGCAGCUAGUACAGAAUGCAGCAGCCAAGCUGUUACCUAACCAGCCCGUUCCUGCCUCCUAACACCCAUUCUCUAUUCCCUUCACCGGCUGCCUCUAAGAUGACAAAUCUAUUUCAUAAUUGGCUAACUGACCUUCCCAGCCCAACAUUACAUGGUCCAAGGUACUAGAAGCAGCUUCUGCCUCCUUACUGCCCUGCUUGCUUGCUUCUACAGAUGAAGGAUUGUUACCAGCAGUACCAAGAAUCUUCUGUCAUUCAUUUAUGGGUUGAACUUUUAGUUUUGACCAUGGAACACACUGCCUUGCACAGUCCAAGAGGCCUGCACUCUAGAGACCUUCACAAGCAGACUGAUGACUGUUACUCACGCUUUUCAUUAAUGUACCUCUAUUUACUUCCUAAAUAAUACAUCCCAAAUGCUUAGGUCUUUUUUCUGCUGUUUAUUUUGUAUCUUGUGCUUUAUGUAAAUGUGAAUGUCUAAUACCAGUUUCCACAAUCUGUAUUGCUGCACGACAAUAUGGCGGCCAUUGGAACGUGUUUUCACUUCUAGUUUGCCUAACUUGUUGCAGACACUCAUCUUGAUCAGGAGUGCUGAGUGUUUUCUGAUACAAGAUCCUAUCUAUAUAUACCCUGUACAUUACCAUGUGUAUUAGAGUCACCCGGGUUCCAUCUGCGGUGGUUUGUUGUAUGUUACAUCUAUAUGGUGCGGAUACUCCCCUGUAUGAUUUCAUAAUAAAAGCUUUUGUUUGCAUCUAA